AUGGCGAUUCAACUCCUCAAACGCUUACACGAACCUCUGAUUCUGUGGCCGAAACCUCUGCCACUCAUCUCUUACUUUUGUUCAAACGAAAGCUCUGAAAGUGGAAUUGUAAGAAGCGUGGUUUCAAUCCUCACCCAUCAACGUUCAAAGUCUCGUUGGAGCACUCUCCGAUCGGCGUGCCCCAACGGCAUCGACCCUUUUGAGUUUUCCCAAAUUAGCAUCAACCUCAAGAACAAACCCCAACUCGCUCUUCGCUUCUUCCACUGGACCAAAUCCAAUUCCCUCUGCCAUCACAACCUCUCCUCUUACUCCACCAUCAUCCACAUCCUCGCACGUGCCCGCCUCAGUUCACACGCUUACGAUGUCAUCCGAACUGCCAUUCGGGCUUCUCAGCUAAACGAGGAUGAAGGUUGUCGUUUUGACUCGUCCCCUUUGAAGCUCUUCGAGACCCUUGUUAAGAGUUACCGAGAUUCUGGGUCUGCUCCCUUUGUGUUUGAUUUGUUAAUUAAAGCGUGUUUGGAUUCUAAAAAGGUUGACCCUUCUAUUGAAAUAGUUAGAAUGCUGCUCUCUCGCGGGAUUAGCCCUAAAGUUAGCACCUUGAAUUGUUUGAUUCCUAGGGUUUGUCAAAGCCGAGGGGUGGAUGCAGGUUAUGCAAUUUACCGUGAGUUAUUCCGGUUAGAUGAAGAAAAAAAGGAAAUUUCGAAAAGGAGUUUUGAUUUUAGAGUUACCCCUAAUGUGCAUACGUAUAAUGAAUUGAUGUUGUGUUGUUAUCAAGAUGGUUGGAUGGAAAAGGUAGAGGAAAUUUGGAAUGAAAUGGGUGAAAUGAGGUGUAAACCAAAUGCUUACAGCUAUAGUGUGUUGAUGGCUGCUUUUUGCGAGGAAGGGAGGUUGGGAGAUGCUGACAAGUUGUGGGAAGAGAUGAGAAAUGAGGAAAUGGAGCCUGAUGUGGUUUGUUAUAACACUAUGAUUGGCGGGUUUUGCAACAUUGGAGAUGUUGGAAGGGCUGAAGAAUUUUUCAAGGAAAUGGCAUUGGCUGGUGUUGAAAGCACUGCUGCAACUUAUGAGCAUCUUGUCAAGGGGUAUUGCAAUGCUGGUGAUGUUGAUUCUGCUGUUCUUGUUUACAAGGAUAUGUCUAGGAGGGAUUUCAGACCUGAUGCUUCAACCCUUGAUGUGAUGAUUAGGUUGCUUUGUGAUAAGGGUAGAGUUCAGGAAGCACUGGAAUUUUUUAGGUGUGCAGCUGGUAAGUUUGACUUGUUUCCAAGGGAAAAGAGUUAUGAGGCCUUGAUAAAGGGGUUAUGUUUGGAAGGGAGGAUGGAAGAAGCGUUGAAGAUUCAGGCAGAAAUGGUUGGAAAGGGGUUUCAUCUGAAUUCUGAAAUAUAUGGUGCUUUUAUUGAUGGAUACAUUACACAAGGGAACGAGGAACUGGCAGUAGCUUUGAGGAAAGAAAUGCUCCAAACUCAAAUGCCGAGCUAA